AAUGAUAAUAGACGUUUUGUUUGAUGUAUUGAGGUAGCUAGAAAGUUAGGAUGGAAUUGUUUUAGAAAAUUAUUCCAAUCCUUAUAAACUGAUGAAGGACCUUAAUUGUUUGGUUGCUCCAGCAACUAGUACUGUUAUAAUUAGAUUAGAUCCAUAUAUACAUUUUCCCUUUUGAAGGUAAGAAAUUGUAUACUUUUAUACAUUUUCAAUAAUGAAAACUUGGUAAUGGAAGAUUAAAAUGGACAAAAAUGAAAAAAAAAGAAAAAAAAAGAAGUAAAUCUUUUUGACGUCAAAUGAAGAAUGUAUCGUGUGUGUGUGUAUAUAUAUAUAUAUAUAUAUAUAUAAGUUGGUGUUGAAUGUUCAUACACCUUGCAUCAUCGCAUUUUGCUCGGAGCGUCGGUUGCUAUUUCUUCGCAGUACUCUAACCCUCACAAAUGGAGUACAUUGUCUUCCAACAUGAUCAUCUGGACACUGCAAUAAUAGCCGGAGUUACAGCCAUACUUGUUUUUCUAUACUUUGCUCACAGGAGCUUACUUACCGUUGCCAGGCAUCUGGGAGUUCCCAAACCACCUGAAGCCGCAGGAGGAUGGCCAAUAAUCGGUCACCUCCAUCUUCUCGGAGGCUCAUCUGAGCUUCCCCACAUAGCCUUGGGAGCCUUAGCCGAUAAGUAUGGACCUAUUUUCGCCAUUCGGGUAGGUGUCCAUCCGGCUGUGGUGAUAAAUAGUUGGGAAGUAGCGAGGGAGUGUUACACUACACAUGAUGUGGCUGUAUCCUCUCGUCCCAAGUAUAUAGGCGCAGAAAUCUUGGGUUCGGACUAUGCCAAUUUUGGAUUCUCUCCCUACGGCCCUUAUUGGCGUAAAAUGCGCAAGGUAACAGCAUCCGAGCUACUAUCCCAUGCCCGGCUAGAGCAGCUCAAACAUGUUCGAUCUUAUGAAACAGAGAGCUCAAUAAAAGAGCUUUACAAGCUUUGGACCAAGAGACCUAAUGGUACGGACGAUUAUAUUGUGGAAAUGCAGCAGUGGAUUGGGGACAUAAAUCUGAACGUGAUUCUUAGAAUGGUUGCUGGAAAGCGAUAUUUUGGUGCUACUUCUUCUGUGAGUGAUGAUGACGGUGACCAGAAGCAGAUUCAUCGGUGCCGGACUGCCAUGAGGGAGUUCUUUCAUCUGACCGGCCUAUUUUUGUUGGGGGACGCCAUUCCUUUCCUCAGGUGGUUGGAUUUGGGUGGAUAUGAAAAGGCCAUGAGGAAAACCGCAAAAGAAUUGGACAGUCUCGUCGGAGAAUGGUUAGAUGAGCAUCGCCGGAAGAGAGAUUCCGGUGACUUUAAUGGAGACCAAGACUUCAUGGACGUGAUGCUAUCUCUCCUUGAUCCCAAUGACAAUGACCUUGCUGGUCAUAAUGCUGAUACUGUCAACAAAGCUACAUCCAUGAGUCUGAUUAGCGGAGGCACGGAUACGACUACGGUUACUUUAGUUUGGGCACUAUCAUUACUGCUGAACAACCCCAGCGUACUUGAAAAGGUUCAAGAUGAACUUGACGUUCAAGUUGGUAAGGAAAGACUAGUGAAUGAAUGGGAUAUAAGCAAAUUGGUGUAUCUUCAAGCUGUAGUUAAAGAGACUCUAAGGUUGUACCCGGCAGGACCGCUAGGAGGACCUAGAGAAUUUACCAAGGACUGCACUGUAAGUGGGUACCAUAUUAAAAAGGGAACCCGAUUGAUCACAAACCUUUGGAAGAUCCAAACCGACCCUCGCAUUUGGGGCAGCCCGUUGGAGUACAAGCCAGAGAGGUUCCUCACCACGCAUAAGGAUGUAGAAGCCAAAGGUAAACAUUUCCAACUUAUUCCUUUUGGUGCUGGAAGAAGACUAUGCCCCGGAAUCAAUUUUGGGCUCCAAAUGACGCAUUUAGUUUUGGCGAGUUUGGUGCAUGCAUUUCAAUUGUCGACUAAUGAAGCAGUUGACAUGACGGCCAGCUUUGGACUUACAAAUAUCAAAGCCACCCCACUUGAAGUUCUCAUCAAACCCCGCUUAUCCAGCCAUUUGUAUGACUAAUAUAAUAUUAAUGAUUCCGUUCCAUGUAUAGUCUGUCUUAUUUAGUAAUUGUCGUUUUCUGUAUUUUUCCUGUGCUUAUAUUAACUGGGUAUGUAAUAUUAUGCAUUUUAAUCUUUCAAUAAUACUAUAAAUGUAAACGAAGUAAUAAAACUUAUUACUUGUUUUUCUUGUAUUUUA